AUGGAUCGCCGGGAGGAGUUGAAGUUUUCUGAGCACGUCGUCAAGACGAGGAAGACGAUCCUGCCGAAGAGAGCGGCUUACCGGGGAUCAGAAUGCCGGAAGAGGGUCGUCCGGAUCCACUUCGAUGAUGUGGAUGCUACCGAUUCGUCGUCGAGUGACGGAGAGUGUGGCGCCCGCCGGCUUGUUAGGCGGCAGGUGCACGAGAUCGGGAUCGAGGUGGUUCCCGUGCCGCGGCGGAGGGCGGCGGUGACGAGGAAGGAGACGGCGGCGAGAGGAGGGGAGAGCGGGAGGAGGAAGUUCCGCGGGGUGCGGCGGCGGCCGUGGGGCCGAUGGGCCGCCGAGAUCCGCGACCCGCGCCAGCGGAAGCGGGUCUGGCUCGGGACGUUCGACACGGCCGAGGAGGCGGCCACGGUGUAUGACAUGGCCGCCGUGCGGCUGAAAGGCUCGAAGGCGGUGACCAACUUCCCGGCCGCGAGACCGGCGGCACAGACGACCGAGGAAGAAGAAGCGAAGUGCGAAGUCAGGGGAGGAGGCGGCGGCGGCGGCGUGACCGGGGCGCGCUCCUCUCCGACGUCAGUGCUCCAUUACGGCGACGAGUGGGCGCCGUUCGACUAUACCGGCAACGAGGAAGUCGACCCCUUCGGGUUCGGAGCUGACGCGUCCCCGCUAUUCUUCACGGAGUACUGCCGGCCGACGCGGCGAUUGUUGCAGGCGGAGUUCGGCGACUUCGACGCCGAGGAUUUCUCCUAG